GGCCCUUUAACCUGUGUCGGUUAUUAGGUGGGAGGGAUCGAGUUUCUUUUCUAACCAAUAGGAAACCGGCUUCCUUCCAGUCUGGUUUUGUGAUUGGACAUCAGUGAAGUCACACACGUAUGACGUCGCAGGGACCCUUUGAGGGGAAAAAAUAGCUUCUAUUUUAACCAAGCCGCCUCCCAGACUUUCUGCCAAACUCAUUCUGCUUGUCUCAGAGGGACACUGACUAACUUAGGAGCUGUGAUGUGACUGUGGCUUUAACAUCGGCCAGGAAGCAGGAAAUGUUCUCUAGGAGGGGGAAGGACCAAGAGGAACGGCAGACCCCUAAGUACACCUGUGUAGUGUCUCUGACGGAGUACCACCGUCGGAUCGAUGCGCUAAACAGCGAAGAUCUGCGCUCGCUCUGCAAACGACUCCAGAUUACCACCAAGGAAGAGACCAACUCGAAGCACGGCACAUCCAUCAAAGCUGAGCUGGAGCCUGAAACCUUCAAACCCAACCUCAAAGAACCCAGCGAGCUCCUAGAGGCCGACCAGAUAGAGAAGCUUGCCAGGAAUCUUCCACCGCGGACCAUUGGUUACCCCUGGACGCUGGCGUUUGGCACAUCAAAGCAUGGCAUGAGCAUUAAGACGCUGUACAGGGCCAUGCAGGGCCAGGACACCCCGGUCCUUCUGGUCAUCAAGGACAGCGACGGCCAGGUAUUUGGUGCCCUCGCAUCUGAACCCUUUAAAGUCAGCGAAGGCUUUUAUGGCACAGGGGAGACCUUCCUGUUUACCUUCAACCCAGAUUUUCAGGUGUACAAAUGGACGGGCGACAACAUGUUUUUCAUCAAAGGAGACAUGGACUCCUUGGCUUUCGGUGGAGGAAGCGGCGAGUUCGGCCUGUGGCUGGACGGAGACCUGUACCACGGCCGGAGCCACUCCUGUAAAACAUUCGGGAACCCCAUGCUCUCAAAGAAAGAGGAUUUCUUUGUGCAGGACAUAGAGGUGUGGGCUUUUGAAUAACAGACUGAUGCCCCACAGGGAAAAUAAAAAAAAAGAAAGAAAGAGACGUCCUCCAAAGGAUGAACCGAGGAGUGGACCU